AAACUGCUUAGACUGAUCGCACGCACGCCGCGCACCACUUCCUCCUCGCACGUUCGCAUGCACAAGAGCGCUCCAUCCCCAACCUCCCUCCUCUCCCGAUCGGCGCCUCACCUCCCCGUCCCCGCAUCCUCGGUGCCAAGCCGCCCUCCCUGCACCCGCAUCGCCGCCCCUAGCAUGCCGUUCGCUCCGCACGCAUACCACCGAUGACCCUGACCGUCGUGAACCCGAUCUGGCCGGGCAUCCAGGGGAACACCGGCAGUGAGGUCCUGGAGGGGGCAGCUUCUUCCUCCCGUCGCUCUCCCAUCGCUCCUUCCCGGCGCCCACCCACGCCUGGUCCAGCCGCAUCUGGGCGCGCACCGGCUGCGCGACAGGCGACUGCGACGGGCGGCUCCAGUUCUCCACCGCAGGUCUCCCUCCACCACGGCGGCAACGAGCAAUCGUCCUACGGGGUGAGCGUGGUGGACAGCUUCAACGUGGGCCUCUCCGUGACCCCGCACAAGGGCCGCGACAACUGCCCCGUCUUGGCCUGCUGCAAGGACCUGACCCAGAGCUGCCCGGGCGAGCUGCCUGUGCGUACAUGAUGUUCAUCCUCGGCUUGUCACACACGCAAUCUUCUCGGCUUAAUUCCAUCUCUUCCCCAAUUGGAAACAAAUCAGCAUGAGACUCAGCCUUGCCAAGGUCGAGAACGCCUCACAGAUAUGUAUGAGGACGUCUAAUCGAGAUUUCCGGCUGCAGGGCGCAAUUAGUGGAAGAAGGUAUUACGAUUUUCCAGAUUGUGAUUAAUUGCUUCUCAACUCAAUUCCCCUCUUCUAUAGUCUUGUGAGAUCGUUCAUUCAUUCAUAAAGAUCAUCCUCAUACAUAUCUCUUUCUCACUCUGAUUUCAUGUUUUGAUUGGGAUUCGAAAAGAGGAACUGAGAUGUAUGUUCGUGACUUGUAAGCAGCAACAAAAUUUAGCAAUUUAUAUUUUUCUAGCCAUCCAAAUAUCUUGCUCCAUACCUUUCUUAGAAUUUUUUAUUUGCUCAGCAGUGUUCUUAAUUACUUGUACCCUAUAUAUUUGUGUGCUAAUUAGCAAGAUUGUUAGUAUAUCCAUCUGGUAAUGAGAAUGAAAACUGGCAUAUGACUUGACUGAGGCCUCGAAAGGAGCAUAAACAAUUUGUUAGAAUACAGACGAGUACUUCUACUGCUAGGAAUUCAGAACAACUAGCUUAGUUACUGCUGAGGAACAACCUAAUGAAAAAUUAUAGGAUGACAAUAUAUUGAGUAAGCAUGAAACUGUUACUUAUUCACCUAAUAAAAAACAUGCCAAUUGACUGCAACUUUUACUGUGAAUGUUUAUGAACCCACUUUUCUGAAUAACUAAGAUGAUAAGGCAACAAAAUUAUAGUGUAUCAAGUAUUUAUUUGCAACUGAAAUAGAAAAACAGCAUAUGUUUAUGUGGCCUUAGGGGUUAGGGCCCCUUUUUGUUGUCUUUCCCCAGGCCCCUAAAUUCUCAGGACCGGCCCUGGCUCCAAGUCCGUGGCCGACCUGGUUACCACCGUCCGGAUGUUCAAGGUGGUCGUCCCAAGAGCUCUAAGUUAACUGGAGAUGUUCCGUCAUUCAAACAUGUUGAUGGCCAAGCAAAAUAUUCAGGUGAUGUGCCCAACAUGCUUCUGCACGAGAGUUUGCUAUGGGAAGUAAGCAUGAGUUACAGCAAGAUGAAGCUGGCACAGUGAGGCUAGAGACGGGUCACAUUUGGUUGCACAUGGGAGUUGUUCUUGUGAACGUGGGUGAUGAGAUUGACACAAAGCUGCCGAGGAAGGAGCGGGUGACAUUUGUUUCUAAAGGUGCUGAUUCUAUAUCUCGAGCAAAGCAGAUUCUUACCUCGAUACCUGCAAGAGCAAGAGAAGCAUACAACCAUAGCCAGGAUGGUCAUAUCGCCCAAGAUGGAAAAUAUGAGGAUCUUCUCCAAGCUGGAACUGAGCUCAAUGCAUCAAGAACAAAAUCAAUUGAAGCAACACUUCGUGUAUAAUGUAUUGUGAACCUUGGAUUGAGCUCAUGUGUGUGGUUUAUGUAUUGUGAGCCUUGGAUUGAGGUCAUGUGUGAGGCUAAUGUAUUGUGAGCCUUUUACUUUGUAAUAUGUGAUAAUGAUGUGACAGGCUCAUGGAUUAUGGACACCAAAUUUAUGUGGCAAUUCUGUAAUGUGGAGUACCCAUGAUGACAUGACAAUGCCUAAAUAAUGCCAAUUUUUCUGUCUAAUA